CACAGUUCUUAUGCUAUUUGUGUCAUCGUUGCUUAGCCAUGUCAGAUGACCUCAUCGCUGGCCUCAUUACAUCAAUUACCAGGGAAGGAUUUCUCCGGCAGCUGAGCAGACAGAACAAUUCUGAUGUAAUUCUUAUGCCCAGCCCGGAGUGCUUGAACGGGUGUGUCAGAACUGCUUUGUAGAUCGGUGGUGAUUGUUCACACAGGCACUCUGAACCUCAGGCAUCGCCCACUUAUUUUACUCCUUGGACUGAAUAUUUGGGGACCUCAGUAUCUGCUGAAAACUGGAAGCCUAUGAAGAUGGGGGCAAGUCCUGGUGCAGGAUACAGGAGAAAUAAACUGCAGGUGUUAUCUGACAACUGGAGAAGAAAGGUCAAGUGGUGUGAGGCUGGGGGAUUAGGUGAUAAUAUUCCCACUGGAACGGAGGACUACCCCAAGUCACUUCACUGAGAUAUCAAGAGAUGUAAAUCUGGCAAGGGUUAACUGGGCAGACCAGGGUUCCUCUGAGGCCCCAAGUGCUGUGAGAUCAUCCUCUGGGGUUCUCUAGAGGUAGGUAAAGGAUUGUGGACAAUCAGAGAUGCCUGGAAGCCACCUCAAGCACAUUAGGAGGUCCAAGGAGCUGUUUUCAUGAAAAAUCAAACAGAGAUGAUCUGGUUCUUCUUCCGCCCAUUCUCGUCUUGUUUUCAGGUGCAGAUGUUGAUUUUUGUGGCCGUCUUGGCUAUGUGCCUGACUAGCCUCACUGGGAAUGCCACCAUUGGGCUUGUGGUCCAAGCCAACCACUCACUCCACACUCCUAUGUACUUCUUUCUGGCCAAUUUGGCAGUUGUAGAGAUUUUCCAUACUUCAGCUAGUGCGCCAUUGGCCUUGGCCAACCUCCUGUCAAUGGGGAAAACCCCAAUUUCCCUCCCUGGGUGUGGUACACAGAUGUUCUUCUUUGUCUUCUUGGGUGGUGCUGACUCUGUGCUGUCAGCUGUCAUGGCCUUUGGUUACCCCCCGAGGUACACCCUCCGCAUGAGCCGGCACCUAUGUAGGCAGCUGACGGUGGGAUCUCUGGUGCUGGGCUUCAUGCUGUCCCUGCCCCUGACGAUGUUGGUUUUCCGGCUCCCAUUCUGCCACAGUAAUGAGAUCUACCACUUCUACUGUGACAUGCCUGCAGUCAUGUGCCUGGCCCGCACAGAUACACACACCCAUGAGACUGCUUUGUACGUCAUCAGCUUCAUCGUCCUGAUGAUUCCCCUCGUGUUCAUCUCCAUCUCUUACGUCUACAUUGUGGCAGCCAUCCUACAGAUCCAGUCAGCAGAAGGGCGCCGCAGAGCCUUCUCCACCUGUUCCUCCCAUAUCACCGUGGUCCUACUGCAGUACGGCUGUACUAGCUUCAUUUACUUAUCUCCUAGCUCCAGUUAUUCUCCCGAAAUGGGCCGAGUGGUGUCCGUGGUUUAUACCUUUAUCACCCCAAUCUUAAACCCUCUGAUUUACAGUAUGAGGAACAAGGAACUGAAAGAUGCCCUUCAGAGAACCCUGGGAAAGCUGUUGUAGAUGCAGUGUAAAUGAAUGAAACCAUACCCUUGGAAAACGAACCUGAAUCACCAGAGGGGAUAUGGUGGUAUGGGAACCAUUUCAUGUUGUUCAGUCAUGUCCAACUCUUCAUAACCCUGUGAACUGUGUGUCUAUG